AUGUUUAGUAAAUUACACAAGAACGAGAAGAGAAUCUUCAGUUGUGUAUCAAUUCCAUUUUAUGGAAUGAAUUUAAAUAGAAUUUUAAAUCAUCUUAAAACAGGGAAUGGAAGUAAAAUUAGAAUAAAGAAAGGAAAAUCUCAUGAAAUGUUAAAAAUUCAAUUACUUCCUACAUUUCAUAAUGCGAGUGUAAUUCCAAGGGUAAACAGUGGUUUUGUAGAAUUUAAGCAUUUAUCAGGUUGGAAAGAAUUAGCUGGUAGCUUAUCACGCAAUGUUCUCAUUCUGUAUCCACAUAAUACAAAUGGUAGCAUUAAUAACUUUUAUCUUAUCGCGCUCAAUUGUUUAGCCCUUGAGACUUAA